CGGGCAAAAGUCAAUAGAGAGUAAGAGCCCAGGAGGUGAGAAGUCCAGAGCCAAAUCCUAGCAUCUCACCCAGCAGCAUGGCCCUACCAGCACUCUGCUGCUUCACACUCCAGCUAUGGAGCAUUCUCUUCUGUGCAUAUGCACAGCAGCAAGAAGACAGCUUGUACAUGUGGAUUGAUGCUCACCAAGCAAGAGUGUUAAUAGGCUUUGAAGAAGAUAUAUUGAUUGUUUCUGAGGGGAAAAUGGCACCAUUCACUCAUGACUUUAGGAAAGCCCAACAGAGGAUGCCAGCUAUUCCGGUCAAUAUCCAAGCAAUGAACUUUACAUGGAAAGCUACUGGACAGGCAGAGUAUUUUUAUGAGUUCCUGUCACUUCGUUCUUUGGAUAAAGCAAUAAUGGCAGAUCCUACUGUAAAUAUACCAUUACUGGGUACUGUUCCACACAAGACAUCAGUUGUCCAGAUCGGAUUUCCUUGCCUUGGUAAUCAAGAAGGGGUGGCAGCAUUUGAGGUUAAUAUUAUUGUUAUGAAUACAGAGGGCAAUGUCAUUCUCCAGACACCGCAAAAUGCCAUAUUUUUCAAAACAUGUCAGCAAGCAAAAUGUCCUGGUGGUUGUAGAAAUGGUGGCUUCUGUAACGAGAGGCACGUUUGUGAAUGUCCAGAUGGAUUCUACGGGCCACACUGUGAAAAAGCACUUUGCAUGCCACGUUGCUUAAAUGGUGGGCUCUGCGUAACCCCAGGAUUAUGCAUCUGUCCUCCCGGAUACUAUGGCACCAACUGUGAUAAAGCAAAUUGUACCACAACUUGUCUGAAUGGAGGAACGUGCUUCUACCCGGGAAAAUGUAUCUGCCCAUCAGGUUUUGAAGGAGAUCAGUGUGAAACAAGUAAAUGUCAACAGCCGUGCCGAAAUGGAGGAAAAUGCAGUGGCAAGAACAAGUGCAAAUGUUCCAAGGGCUACCAGGGAGAUCUGUGCUCAAAGCCUGUUUGUGAGCCCUCAUGUGGUUCACAUGGAACCUGCAUUGAACCCAACAAAUGCCAGUGUAAAGAAGGCUGGAAUGGAAGACAUUGUAACAAAAAGUAUGGAGGGAACAUUAUGAAUGCCAUGAGGCCAACAGGCACCAAAAAUAGACAGCACACGCCUUCACCUAAAAGGACCGAAGACAAGCAUGUUCCCCAUGAAUCGAAUUAUAUCUGGUGAAUACGAGCACAUCCAAAAAGAACACAGCUCACAGCUUCCAUUAACUUCUCUUGAGUUGGAUGGUACAUCACAAUUUACUGGUCGAAAUUUCACAAGCUUCAUCAUUAUCAAUGACAUAACAUUGACUUACAUGUAAUUGUUGUAUAAGUUUAGUGUUAACCAGUAGGUUUCUGUUUUGUUGUCCUAGUGGUUCUUACACCUUACGUAAUAUAUGUUCACUCUUCAGUAUUCUAUUAAUAAUAAAAAUAAAACCUAACUUUAAGGAGUGAUAAAGCAGUAGGACUUUGUUUUACCAAUUUGUAUUACUUUUGUAGGAUUUACAUCUCUAUAUGGAAUUUUAGCAUAAAAUAUGGAAAAGGAUUUAAAAUUAAAUUAUUUAUAAUUCAGUCUUAAGGACAGACAGAAUCUUUUUGUUUCUAGAACACUUGCUUCUAAUAUGAAAGCUGAUAUCCCAAUUUUGUGGAUAAAAGUUAGU